AGUAGUGGAUGUGAAGAAAGUAUCUCAGACACGCUUGCAUCUCCUUAAGCAAAACCAGUGGAAGUUAUAUAAUCAGCUGUAGGCUAUGUCAACUUACUGAGGAAUAUAUACGCUAUCGUGAGUGGACUGCAAAAUAUAUACUGCACAACACUGCAUGGAUCUGGAUAUUAUUAGUCUGGGCGCAUAGCCGCGAAAGCAAUGGAAGUUUAUGCCAGAAAUUGGAGGGACCUGUUAUGGACAGGGACAAUGUGAAGCACUCCCCCGCCAUACAACACCAAGAAACGCUGGGCCCAGGCGGAUGUAUCGCCAAGUAAAUCUGGAUUUACACGUCUAGUCUCGCUCAGUUUAAGGAUAUGAAGUUCGCUGGCGCCGUGCAGUGUCACUGAAGAAUCGGCGGGCUGGUUUAGUGGUGUUGCGCUUGGCUUGCCCAACACUCUUGCGGUCUGAACUCAACUGGGAGCGGGGAGCGUUGCAGGCGAGAAGACAUCUUGCAAAUCAGGAGAAAGUGUGUCUCUUGGUGAAAUAUAGAGACCUAAACGAUGAAAGAAAAAUCCAAGAAUGCCGCCCGGACGCGACGGGAAAAGGAAAAUAGUGAAUUCUAUGAGCUGGCUAAACUGUUGCCAUUGCCUUCUGCUAUCACGUCUCAGCUCGAUAAAGCUUCCAUCAUACGACUCACAACAAGCUACUUGAAAAUGAGAAUUGUUUUCCCAGAAGGCCUUGGGGAAUCAUGGGGUCAUGUCAGCCGUGCCAGUUCUUUGGAUAAUGUUGGACGAGAACUGGGAUCGCAUCUACUUCAGACGCUGGAUGGGUUCAUUUUUGUGGUGGCCCCUGACGGGAAAAUUAUGUACAUUUCCGAGACCGCAUCGGUCCAUCUCGGCCUGUCACAGGUAGAGCUGACGGGUAAUAGCAUUUACGAAUAUAUACACCCCGCGGACCAUGACGAAAUGACCGCGGUGCUGACGGCCCACCAGCCGUACCAUUCGCACUUUGUUCAAGAAUACGAGAUCGAACGUUCUUUCUUUCUGAGAAUGAAGUGCGUCCUGGCUAAGCGAAAUGCUGGCUUGACCUGCGGCGGGUACAAGGUGAUCCACUGUAGCGGCUACCUGAAGAUCAGGCAGUAUAGCCUAGACAUGUCUCCGUUUGACGGCUGCUACCAAAACGUGGGGCUGGUGGCGGUGGGCCACUCUCUCCCGCCCAGCGCCGUCACUGAGAUCAAACUCCAUAGCAACAUGUUCAUGUUCAGGGCCAGCCUUGACAUGAAGCUCAUCUUCCUGGACUCUAGGGUGGCAGAGCUGACGGGCUAUGAGCCUCAGGACCUCAUAGAGAAGACGUUAUAUCACCACGUCCACGGAUGUGAUAUCUUUCACCUUCGGUGCGCUCACCACUUAUUGCUGGUGAAAGGUCAGGUGACCACCAAGUACUAUCGCUUCCUGGCCAAGCAGGGCGGUUGGGUGUGGGUCCAGAGCUACGCCACCAUCGUGCACAACAGCCGAUCCUCGCGCCCACAUUGCAUCGUCAGCGUCAACUACGUGCUUACGGAUAAUGAAUAUAAAGGACUACAGCUGUCGUUAGACCAGGUGACGUUGGCCAAACCAGCUUUCCCCUACACCAACACCCCAAACCCAGCAUCCGACAACCGCAGACCCACCAAGACGAGAGCCGCUCGCAACAAAGGCAAGACACGGCUGUCUCCGUACUCACAGUACCCUGGCUUCCACGCCGAGCGCUCUGAGUCUGACCAGGACAGCCCAUGGGGGGGCAGCCCUCACACAGACUCAGCCUCCCCCCAGCUCCUUGAGCCGACCGAGGGACUGGACACAUCCUGCGCCUACCGCCAGUUCUCCUCCGCCGCCGACGCGGCCGCCCUGCCCCGUCCACUCUGCUACGGGCUGCCCAUCGCUGAGGAUCACCAUGGCGACGGUCACGGGCACGCUCACCUGGGCUCGUGCGAGCGGGGAGGGCGCUGUGAGGCUGGCCGCUACUUUCUGGGCACCCCAGGGCAGACGGGCAGGGAGGCGUGGUGGGGCGCGGCCAGGUCGGUGCUGCCGCUGGCCAAAGUGUCGCCCGAUAACGGUGACGGCUGCGAUGUCCUGAUGCCCCACAUCGCCUCCAUACACAGCCUGCACGGUCGUAGUCAGUGGGAAGAGGACAGUGUGGUCAGCUCACCCGACGGUGGCUCGGCCAGCGACUCAGGCGACCGCUACCGCGGCGACCACCACUUCCGCUCGAGCCCCCAGGAGCCCAGCAAGAUGGAGACGCUGAUCCGCGCCACGCAGCAGAUGAUCAAGGAGGAGGAGAGCCGGCUGCAGCUACGCAAGGGGCCCGCAGUGGCCGACCCGCCCACCCUCGGCCACGCCAACGGCCUGCCCAAGUCCCACAGCACCUGCUUCGCCUCCGACCUCUCCACCCAGAGCACGCUGCACUGUCGUGGGCCCGCCGGCCAUCAGCCAGCGGUCAGCCCAGCGCCCAGCCCCGUGCCCCUCUCCCGCCUGGGCAGCCCGGGCUCCGAACGGCUGGCCAAGCCCAAAGACUACCUGCAGCAGCAGCAGCAGCAGCAGCAGCAGACUGACCUGUCGCCCCAACACCACGCCGUGGCGGCACACCCUCACCACCACCACCAGCACCUCCACCACCCGCACCACCCGAACUCCCAGCUGCCCUACCCGAGCUCGUGCGCCGCCUCGCCCACGCCGGCCCUGUACCCGUCGCACCCGCGGCCUGCCUACCUGGACAAGCACGCCGCGUACUCGCUGACGGGCUACGCGCUCGAGCAGCUGUACGAGGCCGACGCACUCCGGGGCUACUGCGGCAGCGGAGGCGGCUCCUCGCCUUAUGAGGUGGCGUCGCACCUGCGCAUGCCGGGGGCCGAGCAGGCGCCUGGACACAAGGGCACGUCGGUCAUCAUCACCAACGGGAGCUGACGCCCUGUCUGAAGGGGAGGUGUGGCGGAGGGUCAGCCAUCAUGGACGAAAAACAACAGCAAGAAAAAAAAACAAGAACUUUGAGGUUAUGCCAUUAAGUCUCCACAGCAGCCUGUCCAACCUGUUUGUUUGUAUUUGUGGUUUUGUUUUGUUUUUCUGUUGAUCUUUUUGGAAACUUCACCAAAUGCAUUGUGGGAAAACUCUAGCGCCCAAAUAUGUUAGCAACAAGCCUGUCCAGCCGUUUUCUUUUUUUGUUUGUUUGUUUGUCUUUGUUUUCUUUCAUUUUAUGUGAUGAUUUGAAUACAUGAGAUAGAAUUCACUUGAAAUGCACUUUUUAUUGCAGUGACAUGGGUAUGAUUUUAUCUCCUGUUCUUUGUUUCUUGUAUCACUACAACACUCUCGCUCUGUGUUCAGCUCAAAUGACAUGGAAUCAUCUUUAAAGCAACACAAUGUAGUUCUUUUACUUUGAAAUAAUGACUUCAAACUCGUUUUUGAUGAUACGCAGACUUCUGGGCAGAAUUGCAUCUUCGUCGAUGCACCUGGAAUGCCUGGUGUUGCACUAUUUAGCUUUUCAUUAGUUCUCCAUGCAUUGGGUUCCCCCUUAGAGCUAACUGGGUCCCCAGCACAUUGGAUAUUGGAUGAGAAAGGGGAGUUCCUACAUUGUCUUACUUUAAACCCAACACGUAGCUCCCCCACUGCUGGUGUGCAGAGGAAUCUCAGCACAUCGUGCUGUACACCACACUACCACAUUAGCAACAAUAGCAGCAGAAAAUCCAGCACACAUCAGCCGCUUUCCAAUAAUAUGCAAUUCUUACAGUCGCAUCAUCCCCCAUGUCAUCUCCGCAAGCAGCGUGAGAAGGCCCACUGAGACAGGGCCCUGAGAGAGGCUUGGGAUGAAGGCAAAGCCCUGGGAGAGGCUUGGGCUGAAGGCAGGGCCUGGGGUUGAGGGGGUUGGGGCGUGAGGUCAGAGGGUCAGUCAUGGGUGGAACAGGAGAAUGGACACU